GCAACACAAUACCCACGUGCUCAAUAAACUGCAAUUCAACGAGCUUCGACCUUUUGCUGAUUGAACAAAAAGAACAGAAAAUUAUAUUUUAAGCAACGUACCGACGGAUUGUCCUUACAGUUGCAUAAAGAAAGCAGAGCAUGAAACUAGCACUAUUAGCCGUGAUUUUCAGUAGCUGUGGUUACUGCAUUGUUCUAGUAAAUUCUACGACAGUCUCGUCGCCGGAAUUGAUAGCAGCUAUUAUUGAUGAAUACUACCACGCACGACAAACACCACUACUAGUGGCAUAUAAUUCAUCAGAACUUGAACUUAUCAACAAAGUCCUUGUUUCGCUGAGCAUUCCUAGAACAGUUCAAUUCAACAACGUAUUCCUUCCUGGAUACAAGUCAUGGUUUUACGCGAUCUUCUUCCUGAAUAACCUGGACUCGUUCGACCUUUACGUGAAACAACUAAGGAGUGAUUACUUCAACUUGCAUGGAUAUUACACCUUCGUUUACAAGGAUCUAGCCGAGAGUCAAAUAACAAACAUGUUCAACGCUCUGUGGGAGCUUAAGAUCCUCAAAGCAUUGAUAAUUUCCCUGCACGAGGAUCAACCCCAGCUGUACAGCUACUCCCCGUACACAAGCAGCAAAUGCGGCACUCCCGACGUCUUCAGAGUAGAUCGAUCCACAUCUUCGCUGCUGUUUAAACCUCACCUGGACAAUUUCUACGGAUGUGCCCUACGCGUCGGAACCUUCGAGUCUCUCCCGUUCAUACACUUCAUGCCAUCUCCGGAGAACCAAUCAUCGAUCGAGGGAUUCGAAGGUCACCUCGUCACCACCAUCGCCAACAAGCUGCGCUUCAAGUUGGAGUUUGUCAACCCACCGGACAAUGCCCAGUGGGGUGUCGUACGACCCAACAACGGCAGCACCGGACUGAUGGGUCUGCUGCAGAAAAGUGAAGUUCAUUUUGGAAUUGGCUGUCUAUCAAUCAUCGCCGAUCGGGACGAGAUUCUGACGCGAGGAACACCUCAUUAUACCACCUCCGUCGUGUUUGGCGUUCCCGAUGGGCGGCCGUACAGCGCGAUCGAAAAACUUAUGCAACCGUUCGACCUUUAUACAUGGGUCGUUCUGUGGAUGAUUUUAGGUUGCGGUAUUGUAGUUAUAUUUGUCCUAAAGUUCUGUUCGGAACACGUUCGACAGUUUUUGUACGGAGCUGGCAACCAGAUGGCCUUCUUCAACAUGUUGCAAGUAGUCUAUGCUGGGCUUGUAAACCGUGUGCCCACACGAAACUUUGCUAGAACCGUUCUGAUUUUGUUUCUAGGCUUUACCUUCUUGAUCCGAAGUAUAUAUCAGGGUCUGAUGUUCAAGUAUCUGCAGGCUGACUCGAAGCACAAACCAGUGGAAACGGUGAAUGAAAUCGAACAGUCCGACCUGCGUUACGACAUGUUGCUAAUCUCUGAGCGCUUCUUCAAGAACAAUCCAACCGUACUUGGCCGGGUUCGUCACAUUCAACCGGGAAACGACAGUCUAAAUGCUGCGCUGGACGGAAUAGCUACAAAGCAGAAUCAGGACGGUGCCGUACUGGUCACCUCCCAACACAUCGCAUUUCACAACAAGUACCGGCUGAACAAAGGCUUCGUGCGGAGUACCCGCGAUCAGCUGGUCUCCUCACCGGUGGUAUUCUACUACCCACGGAGGUCAUUCUUGGUUUUCGAGUUCAACCGUAUCGUAGGUCACGUCCAGACGGCUGGCUUGAUGAGUUAUUGGGUACAGAAAUACGGGAACUAUGACUUCUUCCCGAAGGAAAUACGCGAGGUACGACCAACGAUCAUGAACAUACGAUCGUUGCUCGGGUGCUACGAGGUUUGGGGUUUCAUGACGGUUUCAAGUAUUUUGAUGUUCCUGAUAGAACUUGCGUCGCAGAAGGUACCUGCACUCCGGAAAGCUGUAGAGUUUUUUGCUGACAAGAAGUAUAUAAUAUAUGAGACUCCAACAUUUUGCCAUAAUAACGGUCCAACCAUGAACGUAGUAUUGAUCCUCAUGGGAAUCGCUUGUCUACAGGCCUUGAUUAUACUACCGGAACCUUGUGACAAACUUAUUGUCGAAGCAGCUUCACAAGUGCUGCUGGAAACGUUCAAUCAGGGUUUCGAUACGUUUUACCUGAUAUCUCUGUUGACAUCGACGGAUUUUGAUGCCUCUGCAGGACUGCUGGUUCAACGAGCUGCAGCACUCCUACCAGUGAUCGUCGAAUCGAUCGACACGAAGAUAAAGACGUCAUCCAAACAAAGGUUCAACGUGAUUCUUAUGGAUUCUGAAGCUUCCCUGGAUCUUUUGAGUGUGCUCAUUACGAAGAAGAACUUCGAUACUUUUGGAAACUUCCUCAUUCUGCUACUAUCUGAAGCAGAAGCCGGAGAUCUAUGCUCGCACGUUUUUCAAGUAACGGCGCAGUAUCUCAUCUACAACGUCAACGUUCUCUACCGCAUCCACAAGUCGAUCGCUUCGUACACGUAUUUUCCCUACGGAACACCUGGAGACCAUCUUACCCGUAUGGCACGCUGGAACACCUUUAUGCAGGCAGGAUUUGUCAGUCCAAAGCUUCACUUUCCAUCUAAGUUUAAAAACUUUUUCGGUGCAUCACUUGGUGUUGCACUGUUCAGGACGACCACCUUUAUGGAUUUCUCGUAUGACGCAGAAGACAACAUCGUAAAUUACCGAGGAGUAGAUGGAACUCUACUGAAAACCAUCGCCCGAGCACUCAACUUCACCAUCCGUCCCAUCAUCCCAAACAACAACCAACGCUGGGGUACGCUCAACCAAAACGGAACCGCUACCGGAGCCAUGGGACUGCUGCUCAACGGAACUGUCAACCUAACCUUGGGAUUCUUCGGGAACAACUAUCUCCGCCAGCAGUACCUAACCGGAACGCAAAGUCACUAUCAAACAUCGCUUAUCCUGUGCGUAACUCCCGGUUCCGCGCAUGGAUCCUUCGAGAAGCUUUUACUUCCGUUCCAAUUUAACCUAUGGGCAUUGUUCGCUGCAAUGUUUACGAUCGCCUUAUUCGUCAUCGUACUACUACAAUUCUUCCCAAAGUACGUCCAACACUUUAUCUGGGGUCGAAUGAAUCGGACCCCAGGGUUGAACCUGUUUCAAACAACCAUCGGAAACCCCGCCAACCCAGCCCCUUCUCGUAACUUUGCCCGCUUCCUGCUCACCCUUUGGAUGCUAGCAACGUUCGUCCUCCGAUCGGCUUACCAGCAGAUCAUGUUCUACAAUUUCCACCACUCUCAGAACCACUCGAUCGUGCGCGACUGGGACGAUUUCAUCGCAUCCCAAUACCGCAUCUUUGUGAUCCCUCCGGAGCGGUACCUCUUGGAUAACCUACAUGAGCACAUCCAGCGUCAAAUAACGAUCAUCCCAACGGAACAAGCCAACGCCACUCUGCAAGCUAUCCGGUACGGAUUUCUCCGUGGAGCGCGUAUCAGCUAUCCGGAGUCCCUCUACUACCAAAACCUACAGGUCCUAAACAACGGAGGGCCAUUUUAUCGACAGUUCGGCAAGCGUUUGUACAGCUACACGCUGAGUGUGUUCUUCCGAAAGAAUUCGCCGUUGGUGGAUCCGUUCAACGGGCAAAUUCAGCCACUGGUUACCUACGGUUUUGUGGAGCACUGGCGACGGGAGCUGCUUAACCGCAACCUGCAGGAGAUCAUCAGGACUCGGAUGAGACGCGCUCUGGCCACGGCUCUGAGCGUGCCGAUACUGAGCGGAGUCUUCGAGCUGUAUGCGUUGGGAAUGGUGGGAGCGAUGGUAGCAUUUCUGGUUGAGGUUUGCAUUGACAGAUUUAAACAUCGUUGAGAUAACGAUUCUGGACAAGUUGUUUAAUAUUGUUGCUGUAAGCAGAUACUUUGAUCCCUCACUUUUAGAAUCUAGAUCAAGAAAAAUUUUCUUGAAA